AUGGGGGAGCCCGCACCCAUCUCCCUCGACACUCUCACUGAGCAGCAGCAGGAAGCGCUUGCUUCCGCGACGCUCAUCGCAAAGGAGGCCGGCUGGAAGCUGGACGAGUUUUCCGAGUGGACGCUGCUCCGCUUCCUCCUCAAGCACCGCUGGAAGCUGUCGGCCGCGGAGAAGCAGAUCCGCAGCACCGCGGCGUGGCGAGCCGAGGUGGGCGCCGACGCCAUCCGCGCCAGCAUCGCCGCCGGGCUGCAGCCGAGGGACUGGCCAGCCAUGGACCGGAUCUGCCCGCACGUGCUGCUCGCCUUUACAAAUCUUCCGACGGACGACGGCGAUCGGCUCACCUACGUGGACGCCAACGACGUCUUCGAGGUGGAUGCCUUCUUGAACUGCGCCACCGCGGCGGAGAUCUUUGUGAUUAAUCUGUACGUCCUGGAGCACGCGAGCUACCACAACGACCGCCGCUCGGCCGCCACCGGCCGCCUCUGCCGCUGGUCGACGCACUUUGACGCGCGCGGCAUCGGGAUGCGGCAUAUCAGCGUGAGGGUGGCGUGGAAGUUCAGGCCCUGCCUCCCGCUCGCGGACAACUUCUACCCCUCCCUCUUUGGCUUCAUGCUCACCGUGAACGCCGCCAAGGCGAUGGCCGUCUUCUGGAGCCUCGUCUCGCCCUUUGUGGGAGAGAACGCGAAGCAAGUUGCCAUCCUCGACACCGAGUCGAGUCCGGGCGCCCUCCUCUCCCGCGCACCCGCCUCGUCGGUGCCCACUUGCUACGGCGGCUCGCUCCGCCGCCUUCCCGUCGACGAGGUGUCUCGCCUCCCCGCGCCGCCAGAGCGGUUCGACUACGGCGCCGCCUACCCAAACGAGCUCGGGAGGUGGCUCGCGUCCGGACUGCCGGCUGCAGCCUUGCCAGACCCAGCGAGAGGGGGCGGGGACGAGGUCGGAGAGACGGGCAUCUCCAGGUAA